CCAUUUGAUGUCAUAUUUUACUGAGAUGUGUAUUGCAUCAACUGACAUUAGUUUAGCUUAUCCCUGGUAUGUUCCUACUCCUGCAGACAAAGUUACCCAAUUAUUACUUGCAACAAAUGGUCUAGUGUAAGAUAACCCAAUGUCUUCUGGCCAACCUCCACCCAUCCCUCCACAUGGCCCCCGACACCAGCCAGUGCAGUGGAAUGCUGACCAAACUGACAUGUCAUGUCAUCGGCUGACUCCUGAGCAGCUGUCCCGCAAGCUGGCUUCCCGUCAGUCCCACAACUUGGCCCUGGCUCGAGCCACUCUGCUGAGUGCUGGAGCACAAUCAGGCCAGCCCCUGACCCCUGCCCUUGCUGCCAGGCUUCGAGCAGCUACUGAACAGAGUUUGGACUCGGUGAUUGCCGAGUGCAAUGCUGCUGUCGUCACAUCACGGCGUAUACGUCAAAAUGCUGAUGACAUCCUGGAAACUGAUAGUGCUACUACUGACAAUACUGACCCCUCAUCUGGCAUGGACAACCCAGUGAGCACUAAUGCAACGUCAGCUGUCAGCCUGUCCCAGUCUAAAGAGAAUGGCUUGUUGCCGGAUUGCAACGGCAUCCAGCAGUCAGGAAGUGUCUCUGAAAGUUCCAAGGAGAGUAGAGAUGUUCGCAGUUCAUCAGCCCCCCCUUCCAUUGCCACUAGACUCACUAUGCUGCCACUCAUUGCUUCUAACGGCUCAAAUACAAGCACCUACUCUUCUAUAUCCAGCAUCCUGCGCAACAACAAGCCACGUAACAGUGACAGACUCCACCGCAAUAUUGGGUCUUCUUCUGGCUCUGGCAACGAUGUACCCAGAAGCUCGCGUGGCUCAGCCGAGUCAAACGACACUCCUGGCAGUGGCGAUGAUUCUUCCAGCAACUGCGUUAGAAGUGGUCCUGAGACUGGCAUUGCCUUAUGCGCCAGUGAGAACACUUCAGACACCGCCAGCUCACAUGACGUCAACUCUGUUACUGCCGCCACCAGGGCUUCCAAUUCCAGUACCGCAGGUUGUGCUGUUGCUUCCCGCUCUUCUGAUGAGCCAAGUUCUAGUGCUUUCUUCAGCGCUCAUCCUUCUAAUGAAACAUCAGGUUACAGUGCUUCCAAUUCCUGCAGUCAGUUCCGGUACACGGAGAACCUGGAGGCAGCACGUCUGGAGCACGAGAAGGAGUUGGAGAAGCUCAAGGAGGAAUGUGAGGUGGACUCGCCUCCAGCAGAGAGGUUCGCCGAGGUAUUGAACUUGUCACAGUGUCAGGAGCAACCGCAACAUCAGUAUCUAGAGGACCGGCAGUAUCAGGAGCAACAGCACCAACACCCCCACGGGAACUUGGACAAGACGUUAAAGGUCGGUUAUGCAAGGCUGUCAAAGUAG